AUAGCUUUGCACCGGAUAUUACGUCACAAAAACGUCAUCCAACUGCUGUACGUAGAGCAGAUCGACCAGCACUACGUUUCUCUAAUGGAACUUUGCGACUACGGAAAUCUGCAGCAGAUGCUGAGAGCCAGUCCUGGCAGCGUAUUGGCCGAACCGAUUUGUCGCCGAUACUUCAGAGAUAUGCUGGAGGGAGUGGCCUACUUACAUUCACAAAAUAUAGUCCAUAGAGACAUCAGAUGCGAAAAUUUCUUAGUAGACCACCACGACUGCGUGAAACUCUGCGAUCUAAGUUGCGCAACACGGUUCUGCAACGGCGACGAACUGCAGACGACUUCCUACGCAAAUUCCGCCUACCUCUCACCUGAAAUCAUCGAGAACAAGCCAUUCAACCCGAGAACAGCUGACGUUUGGGCUCUGGGGGUAUGUCUUCACGUGCUACUAACCAGUAAGCUGCCGUUC